AUGCAAAAAAUAUCUAUCAUUGAACAUACUCUUCUGACUGAAAAUGUUUUGAAACGUCUCGCUAAUAGACGUAUUUUAACAAUUUUGGAUUUUUUAAAUGAAGACGUUGAUAAAAUUAGUUGUGCAGCUAAAAUAACCAUACCACAGGUACUAGACAUACGAAAUCAAAUUUUUGAUAAAUACUCGGCGCCGGUACUUUGUGGAUUAAUAUUGUUAGAGAGACAUUUGAACAAGUGUUUAAAUACAGGUAUCGAAAGUAUAAAUACAAUGCUCAAUGAAGGUGUUCCAAUUGGUCACAUUACAGAACUAUGUGGCCUAGCAAAUUCAGGAAAAACUCAGUUGUGUCAUCAACUUGCUGUAAAUUGUGUAAAGCACACAGAGAAUACAGUUCUGUACAUUGAUACUAAAGGAGACUUUUCAGCAAAAAGAAUACAAUUUUUAUUGCAUUCAUAUAAAAAAUCAUAUAAGGAAAUGGCUGAAAUAAUGUUUAAAAUUAAAGUCACCAGAAUAUGGAAUAUGGAAGAACUCAUUGAAUUAUUACAGAAUUUAAAAAAGGGCACCAUUGUUUUAAAUAAAUUAUCUAUGAUCAUAGUAGAUUCACUCCCUUGUUUAAUGUUGCAACAUCUAGGAGAAGAAAGCAAAAUUGGACUGGCGCUUUUGAAUCAAUUUGUGAAUUAUUGUAGAUUUCUAUGUGACCACUUACAAAUUUGUGUUGUCUGUGUCAAUGUUCAAACGAGAUGGGUGGACCAAGAUUUAGUAGAAUUGGAAGAUGAAAAGAAACAUUAUUCAACAUCAUUUCAAGAACCAACCUAUGUAGAGAAACAAAAUCGUUGUUUGGGUAAAUACUGGCAGCAUAUACCAGCACUAGUGUUGCUAUUGGAUAAAAAUCCAUUAUUAGAUAAUGAGGUUGAUGAUAAUACGAUUAGACAGUUAAGUUUAAGUGUGUUAACAUCCAAUAGUAAAGUCUUGAAACAGUGUAACUUAACAUUAAGCUCUACUGGUGUCAGGUAA